CUCUAAUAUACAGCCUGUUAAUAAAAUGAUACAUGGUGAAAAUUGUGUAGACUCUGGUAUAUAAUCCUGCUGUGAAGUACAAAUACAAUCAGUCUUACUGAUCCUUAUUAUCAUUUAACAACAUGUGUGACGAUGAAGUAGCUGCCUUGGUGGUAGACAAUGGAUCUGGUAUGUGCAAGGCCGGUUUCGCCGGAGAUGACGCUCCCCGCGCUGUAUUCCCCUCAAUCGUUGGCCGACCCCGUCACCAAGGAAUCAUGGUGGGUAUGGGACAGAAGGACUCGUACGUAGGCGAUGAGGCCCAGUCUAAGAGAGGUAUCCUCACUCUAAAGUACCCUAUUGAGCACGGUAUCGUGACCAACUGGGACGAUAUGGAGAAGAUCUGGCACCACACCUUUUACAACGAACUUCGUGUAGCCCCCGAGGAGCACCCCGUGCUUCUUACCGAGGCUCCCAUGAACCCUAAGGCCAACAGAGAGAAAAUGACUCAGAUCAUGUUCGAGACCUUCAACACUCCCGCCAUGUACGUGGCCAUCCAGGCCGUGCUUUCUCUGUAUGCCUCUGGUCGUACCACUGGUAUUGUGCUAGAUUCUGGAGAUGGCGUUUCUCACACCGUCCCCAUCUACGAGGGUUUUGCUCUACCCCACGCCAUCCUGCGUCUAGAUCUUGCUGGUCGUGAUCUCACCGAUCACAUGAUGAAGAUCCUCACUGAGCGUGGUUACUCCUUUACAACAACCGCCGAGCGCGAAAUUGUGCGUGACAUCAAGGAGAAGCUAGCGUACGUUGCUCUUGACUUCGAGCAGGAGAUGCAGACCGCUUCUACAUCGUCGUCAUUAGAAAAGAGUUAUGAGUUACCAGAUGGACAGGUAAUUACCAUUGGUAACGAGCGUUUCCGCUGCCCUGAAGCGCUAUUCCAGCCCUCAUUCCUAGGUAUGGAAUCUCGAGGUAUCCACGAGACCACUUACAAUUCCAUCAUGAAAUGUGAUGUCGAUAUCCGUAAGGACCUAUACGCCAACACCGUGCUUUCUGGAGGAACCACCAUGUUCCCCGGAAUCGCCGACCGCAUGCAGAAGGAGUUGACUGCAUUGGCACCUUCCACCAUGAAGAUCAAAAUCAUUGCUCCCCCAGAGCGUAAAUACUCUGUGUGGAUCGGUGGAUCUAUCUUGGCCUCUCUAUCUACUUUCCAGCAGAUGUGGAUCUCCAAGGAGGAGUACGACGAAUCUGGUCCCUCUAUUGUUCACCGCAAGUGCUUCUAAAUUCUCGCGCACGUUGAGAGAUUAGCCAUGUUGUGUGACAAAGUAGCGAAAGACCUUGAACUUUCUGUGAAAGUCAAGGAUAGUAAAUAAAAGAAAGAAAAGGAUCCCCUCCAAUCUGC